AUGGGGGUGGCCGUUUCCAAUACCAAUAAUAGAGCCAGAUCGCGUCAUAUGAGGAAAAACCCCACAGACGCUGAAAGAGCCCUGUGGAACAUUCUACGUAAUCGACAGGUGUUGGGGUACAAGUUUCGCAGGCAAGCACCAAUGGGACCCUACAUAGUUGAUUUCGUAUGCUUCGAGAAUAGACUCAUCAUAGAAGUGGAUGGUGCGCAACACAUGGAACGAGCGGAUUAUGAUGUUGAUCGCACCACAUGGCUGGCGUCUGCGGGCUAUAAGGUGAUCCGGUUCUGGAACAAUCAGGUACUGGAAGAAAUGGGAGCUGUACGGGAAACAAUAUUUGCGACGGUUGAAGGCCUUUCACCCCCAUCCUAA